AUGUCCAAAUCAUACUCCAUCAGACUGACGGAAACGAGUCCACUUUCCAUCUCACUGACGGCGAGCUGCACCAGGAAGGAUCAACCGGCCUCGCCACCGCUCAGCUGGUGGGUGCUCCAGGGAGAGCGCUAUGUGGCCGCCCCGUCGAACGGAAGCAGCUUCUUCCGGGCGUGCACCCAGCGCGGUCUCUACCAGGUGGUGGUGAACGUGACGGGACUGGCCGCGGACGAAGGCUGUAGUUACCGGCUGGCGUACAAUCGCAAGGGCGCCGAAGAGUACCGCCGCUGGCCGUUCCGCAAUCUGACCGCACCGUCCCGCAUCAAGGUGCAGCAGCAGCGGCGCCGGUACGUGGCGCUGGUCAAGUGGGAAAAAAGCAAGCUGGACAUUCACGCGAUGCGCUACUGUCUGGCGGUGAGCACGGGCCGGCGCCAGCGGUCCCUCUGCCAGGCGCUCGGCAACUCCGUCCUCCGUCCAGCCUGCGACUCAAUCACCAUCAACGACUAUCUGCACCGGCUGGUGCCACGCGACGAACGCAAGCUGGACGCGGGCACGGAGACGACACUCGUCUGCACCGGAACCCGGACGAGGCAGCUGAUCCGGGGAAUGAAACCGAACGUGACGUACUACGUGGACGUGUUUGCGGUCCACUCGCGACACAACAACCUCUCGUUUCUGCUCGGCUCGUCCCAGGUGCAGCUGAACCGCACCCGGCCGACGCAGCUGAUCGAGGGGAAGAUCGUGAUCGGCAAGCUGUCCACGCUCGGCGGGUUGGCGCUGUUCAGCUUCAAGGUGCCGAAGCGCUCGCCAAACAACUUCUUCAAGCUUCACCUAACCCCGUGCGGAGGCUCGGUCAACGUGGAGAUCCUGAAGCGCCGGCACCGCGUGAUGGAACCGAUCUGGGACGUGUACUACCCGAGGACGAUCACCGUCGGGAACGUGCAGCCCGGCGACCGCUACUUGAUCCGCGUGUACGAGGGCGAUGACAGCUCGCGCAUGAACCGCAUCCAGGUGGCCGUCAGCUCGCGCGAGGACUUCCUCGACCUGCCGCGGAUGCCGGCCAACACGAGCGUCACCGAGCUGGUGCCGCUGCGCAAGUGUCAAUCGAGCACCGUCGCCUGGUUCGGCUCGCCCCAGCCGGACGUGACAUACUGCGUGUACGUGUUCAAGCUGUCCCGGGCGCAGUACUACAACAACGUGAAGAUCCCGACGUACUGCGAGCUGGAGAGCCGGGAAGUGUGCAAUCACCCUCAGUUCCACAACAAACACUGCUUGUGAGUCUCAGACUGCUACCAGAGAGGUCAGUCCGACCACAAUCCGCUCUCGCUCGACAUUCCCAACCUGCAGCCGGAACACUACUACUCCGUGUUCGUGACGGCCGUUCCACCGCGCGGCCGCAGCCUACCGUACAAGUCGGUCCGCAUCAAAACGGCCUCGUACUGCCCGACGGACACCAACCUGAUCGUGGCCCGCAAGGCUGCAAGUGCCGGCAAGCGACGGAACCCACCCGGCCAGGGUCGAACCGUGGCACGGAACAGUCUCACCGAUACCGGCGGCCCGGUGGCCAAGCGCCUGGCGAGCCGGAGGAUCCCGGCGGCGGCGGCAUCGGCUGCGGAAUCACCAAAGCGUCCGAAGGUCUAGUGCCGAGCCCUU